CACGUGGGGCGGCUCCGCGCGGGAAAAAGCCGAGUUCGCGGCAAAACGGGCGCGCGCGCGGGAGAGGAGCCAUGAUCCCGGUGGAUUACGCGGCGGAGAAAGAGAAGAUCAGACGCUUCCUGCAGGAAUUCUACCGGGAAGGAGCCGAUGGACGGAAGGAAUUCCCGUAUCGGGAGCAGCUGGCCCAGCUCCAGUCCCGCUCCCUCCCAGCCCUGUGGGUGGCUCUGGAUGAUGUGGCUGAGGCUGAUCCAGGCCUGGCUGAGGCUGCAGCUGAUAACGUGAGGAGAUACCAGAGCCUGUUCAUGGAGACCCUGCAGGAGAUGCUGCAGCCUCAGACACAGGAGCCCCCCCGGGACGUGCUGGACGUGUACCUGCAGCACCGGCUGCUGCUGGAGCAGAGGGGUCAGGGUCAGCCCAGAGACCCCCAGAACCAGUACCCACCCCAGCUGCUGCGGCGCUUUGAGCUGUACUUCCGCCCCCCCUCGCCCUCCCCCCCCCGCAGCCUCAGGUCCGUUGGUGCCUCCAGCAUCGGGAAGCUGGUGACAGUCACUGGGGUCGUGACCAGGGUCACGGAGGUUCAGCCCAGGCUGGAGGUGGCGACUUACACAUGUGACCAGUGUGGGGCUGAGACCUACCAGCCGAUCUCAGCCCCCACGUUCACGCCGCUGCUGCUGUGCCCCAGCCGGGUUUGCCGCAUGGACAGGGCUGGGGGGAGGCUCUACCUGCAGAGCAGAGGCUCCAAGUUCAUCAAGUACCAGGAGCUGCGGAUGCAGGAGCACAUGGAUCACGUGCCCGUGGGUCACCUGCCUCGCGCCAUCACUGUAGCCGCUACCGGAGCCAACACUCGUCAGGCUCAGCCUGGAGAUCACAUCCGGGUCACGGGAGUGACCCUGCCCCUGCUGAGGGCGGGGUUCCAGCAGCUCGUGCAGGGUUUGCUGUCCGAGACAUACCUGGAGGCUCACGAGGUUCUCAAGAUGGACAAGAGUGAGGAGGAGGAGUUGGGGGGCGAGGACCUGAGCGAGGAGGAGCUGCAGCUGCUGGCGCAGGGGAACGUGUACGAGCGCUUGGCCGGCUCCAUCGCCCCAGAGAUCUAUGGGCACGAGGAUGUGAAGAAGGCUCUGCUGCUGCUGCUGGUGGGGGGCGUGGAGAGAGACCUGCCCGGGCUGCGCAUCCGAGGGAACAUCAACAUCUGCCUCAUGGGUGACCCUGGUGUGGCCAAGUCCCAGCUCCUGUCCUACAUUGACCGCCUGGCGCCGCGCAGUCACUUCACCACGGGCCGCGGCUCCUCGGGCGCAGGCCUCACAGCCUCCGUCACCCGCGACCCCACAACCGGCUCCGUGUCAGUGUCGGGAGGAGCUCUGGUCCUGUCCGACUGUGGCGUGUGUGUGAUGGACGAGUUCGAGAAGCUGCGGGGGGAGGAGCGCGCGGCUCUGCACGAGGCUAUGGAGCAGCAGCGCCUGUCGCUGGCCAAGGCGGGUGUCAUGGCGACGCUCAACGCGCGCUGCGCGGUGCUGGCGGCCGCCAACCCCGCGGGGGGACGGUGGGAACAGGCGGCGGCAAUAGGGAACAAUGUGAGGAUGGCGCCAGCGCUGAGGUCACGGUUUGAUCUGCUGUGGGCUAUGAGGGACAGGCACCAGAGACACCGAGACAUCAGCCUCGCUCACCACAUCACCUUCGUGCACCGGCACAACCGGGAGCCACCUGGAGCCUUCCAGCCCCUGGACAUGAAGCUUAUGAGGCGGUACCUGGCUCGGUGCAAGCGGCACCAGCCGCAGGUACCGGAGGCUCUGGCUGAGCCAAUCACAGCCGCGUAUGUGGAGCUGAGGAAGGGAACUGGGAACGGGAGAGAACUGGGAUUCACCUCAGCCAGGAGCCUGCUGGCGAUCCUGAGGAUGGCAACGGCACUGGCUCGCCUGCGCCUGGGGGAUGUUGUGGAACGUGAGGAUGUGGCUGAGGCCGUUCGGCUGCUGGAGAUGAGCCGAGAAUCCCUGGAGCCGGAGCCGGAGCCGUCGGCAAGGCCCCAGCGCCCCUCGGACGCCAUCCUGGGGGCGCUGCGGGACUUGGGGGGCGGCCGUGGGGCUGUGCCCUAUAGCGAGGCCCUGGAGCGCUGCCUGGCCAAGGGCUUCACCCCUGCCCAGCUGCAGGGGGCGCUGCAGGAGUGGGAGGAGCUCAACGUGCUGCAGGUCAAUGCGGCUCGGACCCGGAUCACCUUCGUCUGAGCUGGGGGGUGACCCACAUAUCUAUGGGGCAGCCCUAUAGAGCU